AUGCCUUUAUCUCAGGAUUUGAUUGAGACUCCAAUGCCUAUUAAUGGGAAGCCGUCUUCUGAAACUAGCAAGAAGAGGAGAACUAGAAGUUCUGUUAGUAGUAGGGGUGAUGCUACUAAAAUGGCUUCUACUAAUAACAAUGGUACUAGUUUAGUAAGUGGUAAUAGCAAUAAUCAUAAUAACGAUGGUAUUAAUAAUAGAAGUCAGGAUAUUGAUGGAACUCCAGCUAUGUUUGAUAAAACUCAAUUGACAAAAAUACUUCUUAAUUCUUUGUUUGAAUUGGGUUAUACUUCGUCAGCAAUGGCUUUACAAGAAGAGUCUGGUGGUAUACAAGUGGAAUCGACAGUUGUUCAAAAACUUUCUAACUUGAUUACCUGUGGUAAUUAUCAAGAAAUUGAUUUGGAAUUGCUUUCUCAACUUCCUUUGAAAUUUAAAUCAACGGUUUUAAAAGAUUAUGUAAAGCAAACUAAUGGUGUUGGGAACAAUGUAUUAAGAACUGCUUCCAUAAUGGAGCAUAUGGAGAGACAACUGAAGAAAAUUGAAUCAGUUUUUGAAACAAUUUUCGACAAUAUUGAUAUUCUAGCAAAGCAAGAGGAUAUAUAUUACUUAAGAAGUGUCUUGGAGAUUAUGGUUUUGGUUAACCGUCAAAUUUUCUUAGAGCUGGUAUUAAUUGAAAGGGAUUUAACAUCUGGUGUCUUAUUCUUAAGGCAUAUUUUACGUAAUUUUGCUCAGCUAUGGGAUAGAUUGCUUUCGAUGGAAAAUAAUUAUGUCAAAGAAGAAAACCAAUUCUCUCCUGAGGGUUUAUUAAAAGAGAUGUCAAUUAUAUUAACUAGCCCUGAGUCUACGGCAUCAACGUCUGCUCUAUGUCAGAGAUCUCGACACAAAGGAAGACAAAACUUAAUUGAUGAAAUUUCAGACUAUAUUAAUCCAGAUGACCUCGUGCCAAAGGGAAGAUUGAUCUCGUUACUAAAGCAAGCUGUUAAAUAUCAAAGAUCACAAAAUAUCCUGAAUAUUGUGGAUGAUGACGAUGAUGAUGAAGAGAUUGACGAUAGUGAAAUUGAUUCAGCCCAUCAGAAGACACAUAAAGUCAAUCUUUUACAAGAUCUUGCUACAAAUGUUCAACAAGUUAAAUUUAAGGAAGUAAUGACUUUGGAACAAAAUUUAGAUGAAAUCUGGUAUCUUCAAUUUUCACCUGAUGGUAACUAUUUGGCCAGUGCUUCAGCAGAUGAUAAAAAUGACAGAAAAAUUAUAAUAUACGAUGUAAGGAAUAAUUUUGAAGUCUACAAGAUAUUGGGAGGGAAUGACCAAUGUAUCCUAUAUCUCUCCUUCUCACCAGAUGGUAAAUAUAUAGUUUCCUGUCCAUUCAAUCAACUGGCUAAUAUUUAUGAUAUUCACGCUGAAGGUGAAAUGGUUGAAGUUACUGAAAAUGUAAGCGAACCAUUUGCUGCUCAGUUAAUAAAUCCUAUUGAUUCUUUCUAUAUUCCAACUAAUAAUAUUCCAGGUUCUAGUUCAGAACAUAGCAGCUCGUCAAAUUCCUCGUCAGGACCAAAUAAUAGCAGUAAUCCUCCAAGAAUCUGGUGUUGUGAUUGGUUUCACACUUCUGAUCAGAGCGGCAGAUUUGCAAUUGGGUCUCCAGAUCGUGAUGUGGUAAUCUAUGACAUGCAAAGAAAAUCGAUCAUAUUUAGAAUGCCAGGUUCAGUUUCUGUAGCAUCAUACACUGGAGAUUUCAGUGUAACACAGCCAUCGACAGAAGAAUUUCCUCGUGUUCAUGAUUUAAAGAUUUCUUAUGAUGAUAAGUAUCUAUUGUUGAUGACACAUCAUGGUAAUAUUGAUGUUUAUGACGUAAGUGAUUUCCCAAAAAUAGGUUCAUAUGAAGGUAUUGAAUUACUUUUAGAUAAAUAUGAAAUGCCAAGAAUAGGUAGAUUGGAUAUUAGAAAAAAGAUGACUUGCAUCUCAUUACCACAGAUACGUAAUAUUAAUUCACCAUUAGCACCUUUGGUACUAGUAAGUUUGCAAUCAAGUGAAUUGCAAUUGUGGAAUUUUAAAGAAAACUUUUUAAUUCAAAAGUUUUAUGGUCAGAAACAAGAACAAUUUAUUCUUAGAUCCUGUUUUGGAUAUAAUAAUCAUUUGAUUGCAAGUGGUUCUGAAGAUGGUAAGAUUUAUAUUUGGAACAGGGUAGGUGGUAACAUUGUUGGUGUAUUAGCUGGACAUGGUGCUGAAAGACAUAGUUCAAAUAGAGAUUUGAAGAAAUUUGAAAAAAAUUGUAAUGUGGUCACCUGGAGUCCCGCUGAUAAAGGGUUAUUUGCCUCUGGGGGUGAUGAUGGUUUAAUUAAGAUUUGGAGAGUGGUUAGAGAAUGA